AUGGAACCAUCAGCAGAGGAUGAGAAGGUACAGUUGAAGGAGGAUAAGGGAUUUGUUACAUUCUAUAAAUCAAUAGAGAAGAAAGAUAAUGUUAUAAAGUUAUUCGAUAGAAAGGGUUACUACUCAAUACAUGGUGAUGAUGCUGUGUUUGUUGCAAUGUUACACUUCAAAUCAAUGAAAGCCCUCAAGUAUUGGGCUGAUGUACCUUCAACACCUUUGAAGAAACAACGUGUUGACACAUCAGCAGCAGCAAGCAAGGCCAAACCAACUCUAUCACGCUCCGGUUCAAUGCUCGAUGACAAUAUUGGCAGCGGAUCACAAGAUGCUCAGCCUGGCUUUGCCUAUCUGACGAUUAGAGAGGGCAUUGAGUUUGAAACCGUCGUUCAAAAGUUGGUGGCGGAGAAACUACGCGUGGAGAUAUGGUCACAGAAGCCCAACAGAAUCAAUCAGUGGGAGGUGUCCAGACAUUGCUCACCUGGCAACAUUCAAAUGUUCGAGGAUGUCCUCAAUAUGAAGGGUCAAUCACUCAUGGUGGCACUGCGCGUGUCAUCCGAGCGGGGCAACAGAGUUAUUGGUGCGGCAUUUGGAGACGCCAGUCUCAAGACACUGGGCGUCCUGCAGUUCGUCGACAACGAGCAUCUGUCCAACUUGGGAUCAUUCCUGCUGCAGAUGGGCGUCAAGGAGUGCCUCAUCCACGUGGACGAGAAGAGUGUAGACAACAAGCGAGUGGUGGAGAAGCUGCAGGACUGCGACCUCCCCUUCACCGACAUCCCCAACGCGGACUUCAACGUCAAGAACAUCGAGCAAGACCUGACCACGUUGCUGGGCUCGGUCAACAGCGUGCUGAAUGAGCUCAAUCAAGAGCACGCAAUGCAGGCGCUCAGCUGUCUCAUCAAGCAUCUCGACCUGCUAUCCAACCCCAACUACUUUGGCAAGUUCAAACUGGAGACAUUCAAUCUCGACAGCUACAUGCGUCUGGACUCGGCCACGUUCCGCGGCCUGAACAUCAUCUCGGACGACGAGAGCAGCAAGUCGAUGAGCAUCUUCAACCUGCUGGACAAGUGCAACACACCAAUGGGCUCAAGGAAGCUGGCGCAGUGGAUCAAGCAGCCACUAGUCGACGCCGACGAGAUUGAGAAGCGACUCAACUUUGUCGAGGUCUUUGUCGAUGCGCUCGAACUCCGCCAAUCACUCAAGUCCAACGACCUCAAGAAGAUAUGCGACCUCGACCGUCUGUCCAAGAAGUUUGUCGGUGGCAAGGCCAACCUCGAGGACUGCGUCAACCUCUACGGCAUCGUGCAGCGUCUCCCCGUGCUCCUGUCAUCGCUACAGAACUACUCGGGCCAGUGCGCUGAGCUUGUCAGCGAGUCGUUCACCGUGCCCCUCGAGAGCAUCGUCAGCAACUUUGCUCAGUACCUCGCGAUGGUCGAGCAGACGAUCGACCUGGACCUGGCCAACGACUCGCACGAGUAUGUGAUCCGAUCGACAUUCAGCGAGGUGCUUUCCAAAAUCGACACACAAAAGAAGAACGUCAUGAACAAGAUCAAUCAAUUGCGAGAGAAGAUUGCCGAUGACCUGGGCAUCGAUGAGGCAAAGCUCAAGCUGCAUCAGUCGGACAAGGAUGGCUAUCUGUUCAGGAUGGGUCGCAAGGAUGAGAAGCUGAUUCGUGGCAGCACAAGCAAGUACUUCACACAUGGUACACAGAAGGACGGAGUCAGGUUCUCCACCACCGAGCUGCGCACACUCAACGAGCAGUACACCAAGCUCGCCAGUCUCUACUCCGAGAAGCAACAAUCACUUGUCCAACAAGCUCUCGAUGUGGCCGCCAGUUUCAUUCCAUUGGUCGAUGAGCUGAGUGCCCUUAUUGCCACCAUUGAUGUAUAUGUAAAUUUGGCACAUGUAUCAGCAACAGCACCAACACCUUUUGUUCGACCAAAGAUGCAUCCAAUGGGUACUGGAGACACUGUGAUUGUUGGCGGCAGACAUCCUUGUGUUGAGAUACAAGACGGCGUCAACUUUAUUCCAAACGACAUUCAACUAAUACGCGACAAGUCCAAGUUCCACGUCAUCACUGGUCCAAACAUGGGUGGAAAGUCAACAUUCAUUAGACAGACAGGUAUCAUUAUAUUGAUGGCACAGAUUGGUUGCUUUGUUCCAGCUGACGAGGCAUCAAUCUCGAUCGUUGACUGCAUAUUGACGAGGAUUGGCGCAGGUGAUAGUCAACUUCGUGGUGUCUCAACGUUCAUGGCAGAGAUGCUCGAGACGUCCUACAUCUUGAGGACGGCAACUCAGAACUCUUUGAUCAUUAUCGAUGAGCUUGGCCGUGGUACGUCCACCUAUGAUGGCUUUGGCCUGGCAUGGGGCAUUGCCGAGUACAUUUGCAAUCAGAUCGGUGCCUUUUGUCUGUUUGCCACUCACUUCCACGAGCUCACUGUCCUGUCCGACCUGAUUCCAGUGGUCAACAACCUUCAUGUAUCUGCCAACAUUAGUGACAACAGACUGACAUUGAUGUACAAGGUUGAGGAAGGAAGUUGCGAUCAAAGUUUCGGUAUACACGUAGCCAUCAUGGCUGGUUUCCCACAAGAGGUCAUCGACGUGGCCAAGGCCAAAGCCAACGAGCUAGAGUCAUUCGAAUCAAAUUCAUUGAAGAAGAACAUCAAUCAGUUCUUGGAGGAGUUCAAACAGAUGGACUUGGAGAAGCUGCCAGCUGAGAAGGGAUUGAGCAUGGUCAACGACCUUUUGUUGAAGUAUGCUAUCGAAGAAUGA